UCGUACGUGGGUUUAAACAAACUCUCUACAGCUUCAUGGGCCUGGUCUGACGGAUCCAACUCCAAUUACACCAAUUGGAGCAGCGGUCAGCCUCCCAACAAUUCCAACUGUGCGGUGCUCAACAGCGCAGAUGGCACAUGGCAAGGAGUAUCAUGCAACACUGCAUAUCCCUAUGUUUGUGCAUUUACGGCGUAUACUCCAGCUCCAACAUGCCCUCCAUGCCCAACACCUGCUGGAUGUCCGACUUUCCCACAUCUAUCAAAAGCUGGUUCUGAAUACAAAAAGGAGACCGAUCUUACCUGGAUCGGUUUGAAGCAGAAGGACUAUCCCACUUCUUCGGAGUUUACUUGGACGGAUGGUACACCUUUCGAUUAUAAGAAUUGGGGACCCUCCCAACCAGAUGAUAAGAGGGGUAAAAUGCACUGCACUCAGACGCAUAGCGACUACCUCGGAAGAAUUCCUGCAAAGGACAAUAACUAUCAACACUGGGAUGUAUGCGAAUGCACAUUGGUUAUGCGAGCGUAUGUCUGCAAAAAGGCGGCUUACCACUAG